CCCACAGCAUUUGAAUGUAACACGUUCAGAGCACGUCCGGCGCGCUGCUUGUGUGGAUCUCCGAGUCACAACUCACAAGCAGAUCAACCAGCGACGUACCUGGUCAAACGAGCCCGGGACCGAGGAGACAGCGAACAGCGAACCCUCGCUUCUAACUAAGAACCACGAAGAAACACGAAUUUGAAGUGAGUUUAGAAGACGUAAGUGGAUUCAUUUCGAAAAUGAGCAGAUGUAAUGUUCCUUGUACAUAAAACGGGAUUAAACAGACAUGUUGAGUGAGAUCGAAGACUAUCCAAGCCGUCAGAAGUGACUUCCAGGUGGACGGAAUGGCUUGAUUUUUCGCGUGCGACCCGACUGUCAGAGGCGCUCAUGUUUCUGUGGCAGCAACAAAAAGUUUGUUGCGCUUCACAAGGAAAUAAAGCUACUGUUUUGUGACUCUUUUAACACACCCAAGCGGCACCUUCCGUCCGCUAGUGUGCAUCUGUCCCAACAUGUCCAACCCCGCUUUGAGGAAGAACCACUGGACCUCUCGGUUGAACGAAUGCUCCGUGUCCAAAGAUGCCCACGGGGACUUGAACGUCCCACUGCGCGGCGGUGCGGAGAACGGAGAAUUCGCUUUCAUCGGCCAACUCAAGCAGAACCAAGUGCUUUAUAACAGUGGACAGUUAAAUGACGGGGAGCUUCUUUUGGAGGUGGAGAACCUUCCCAUCUCAGGAUUACCCCUGUACGAUGUGCAGACCCUCAUCAAGAGCUGUAAAGGUCCCGUCAGGUUAAAAGCCGUCAGGCCAGGAAAUAAGCUGACCAAGGACCUGAAACACUAUCUCAGCCAGCGCUUCCAGAAAUCUUCACCCGACCACGAACUGCAGCAGAUUAUCCGAGACAACCUCUACCGUCACGCCGUGCCUUGUACAACCCGACCCCCUCGUGAAGGAGAAGUCCCUGGUGUGGACUACAACUUCCUAUCAGUUCAAGCCUUUCUGGAGUUGGAGAAGAGUGGAACCCUUUUAGAAAUAGGAACAUAUGAAGGAAACUAUUAUGGGACGCCCAAGCCGCCGGUGCAUCCCCCUGGUGGGAAAGUGAUUACCAAUAGCAGCGGUGGUGAUGCCACACGGCCAGACGGGCUCAGCGGUAGCCUGCCAGGCUCGCAAGAAUCCACACCCCGACGCAGCAAGUCCUACAAUGACAUGCACAAUGCUGGAAUAGUGCCUGGAGAACUACCGCUGGAGGACGACGAGGACCUCCCUGACAUGAACAGUAGCUAUACAGGAGAAUCAAGUGAAUUAGACGAGAUUCAUCGCUCGGUGAGACCUUUUACCCCUCGCCAGAGUGACCCAUCCUACCUUGGGACAAACCCCUUACCACCGGCCACCACGGAGAGCACUCAGCAGACUCACCCUAACCUGAGCCAUCCUCCUCCGGAGGACCCUCAGGGACCUCUGCCUGACAACUGGGAGAUGGCCUACACAGAGAACGGAGAGGUCUAUUUUAUAGACCACAAUACAAAGACCACCUCUUGGAUAGACCCUCGUUGCCUGGACAAACCUCAAAAACCACUGGAAGAAUGUGAAGACGAUGAAGGGGUUCAUACAGAGGAGCUGGACAAUGAUCUCGAACUUCCACCCGGAUGGGAGAAAAUAGAUGAUCCAGUGUAUGGGGUCUACUAUGUUGAUCAUAUCAACAGGAAGACCCAGUAUGAGAACCCAGUACUGGAGGCUAAGAAGCGCAGGCAAGUGGAACAGCAACAGCCUCAACCGCAAAGCCAGCAGCCACCUGAAGAAUGGAUUGAAGAUUCGACAUUUGCUGGAGCACCUUUAACAAGUUACACUGCCAACCACCAAGAGACUUACAGGGACCCUUCUACUGGACCCACAGUGCCAAUGGGACAAAAACGAGGAAAACCUUUCUUUACCCGUAACCGAUCUGAACUAAAGGGGACUUUCAUCAAUACCAAGCUGAAAAAGAGUCGGAGAGGUUUCGGUUUCACUGUAGUGGGAGGCGAUGAGCCAGAUGAGUUCCUGCAAAUCAAGAGUCUUGUCCUCGAUGGACCCGCCGCGCUUGAUGGCAAGAUGGAGACAGGUGAUGUAAUAGUGAGUGUCAAUGACACCUGUGUGCUUGGCUACACCCAUGCACAAGUUGUAAAGAUCUUCCAGUCAAUUCCAAUUGGCUCAAUGGUCAACUUGGAGCUAUGCCGGGGUUAUCCACUCCCCUUUGAUCCUGAUGACCCCAACACAAGCCUGGUUACCUCAGUCGCCAUUCUGGACAACAAAGAUCCCAUCAUCGUCAAUGGGCAAGAGGCCUCCAACAAUACCUACGAAUUACCACCCAGUCACAGCAGUCAGAACAGCAACGUUGGCUCAACUAAUGGAGGGGUGGCCCUCAAUGGUCUCCCGCGACCUCACAGCCCCUCUGUAGAUGUGGCCUCAGACACCUCAUCCCAACAUGGCUACCCUAGUGAUGUGGUCACUCUGGCCUCCUCCAUUGCAACACAACCGGAGCUCAUAACCGUACACAUGGAGAAGGGAGACAAGGGCUUUGGCUUCACUAUCGCCGAUAGCCUCGGAGGGGGAGGGCAGAGAGUAAAGCAGAUUGUGGACUAUCCUCGCUGCCGUGGCCUCAGAGAGGGGGACAUCAUUGUGGAGGUGAACAAGAGGAACGUGCAGAGUAUGUCUCACAACCAGGUGGUUGACUUGCUCAGCAAGUGUCCAAAAGGCAGUGAAGUCACCAUGUUGGUGCAGAGAGGAGUGGCACCUGCAAAGAAGAGCCCAAAACUGGAUGAUUUUGAGAUGGCCCCUCCAUACAGGGAUUACACUAGGAUGCAAUUGUCAAGAAAAGACAGCCAGAACAGCUCACAGCACAGCGUUUCCAGCCAUCGGAGUGCCCACACGGACUCACCUUUACACUCAUCCCUGGCACCUCCGCUCAGCGAGAGCAUCGCUCCCCCAGUACCUUCGCAGCCGCUACCGGGUCUUCCGCCCCAGGACUCCUCAGCCGACGGGACCGUUUCGAGAAAACCUGAUCCCUUUAAGAUUUGGGCCCAGUCCAGGAGCAUGUAUGAAAGUAGGCUUCCAGACUUCCAGGAGCAGGAUAUAUUCCUCUGGAGGAAGGACACAGGGUUUGGCUUCAGAAUUCUUGGAGGGAACGAGGAAGGAGAGCCAAUAUACAUUGGUCACAUAGUGAAGUACGGCGCGGCAGACGAGGACGGACGCUUGAGGUCUGGAGAUGAGCUCAUAUGUGUAGAUGGCACAGCUGUGGUGGGCAAGUCGCACCAAUUGGUGGUGCAACUGAUGCAGCAGGCCGCCAAGCAGGGUCACGUCAACCUCACCGUGCGACGCAAAACUAGCUAUGCCGUUAAAGCUGAGGGAGAUGUACCUCCAUCGCCUGCAUCUUCCCACCAUAGCAGCACCCAGGCCCCCAGCCUGACAGAAGAGAUAGGAAAGCGAACUCCACAAGGCAGCCAGAACUCGCUCAACACAGUCAGUUCAGGCAGUGGCUCCACCUCUGGCAUUGGCAGCGGGGGAGGGGCUGGGGGUAGCGCUAACGCUGUGGUCGCCGUACCAGCUGCCACUACCUCGACCCAGCCUCCCAACUUAACCUCCAGCGUCCCCGUCUCUACCUUGCAGCCUUAUGAUGUAGAGAUCCGCCGCGGCGAGAACGAGGGAUUCGGAUUCGUCAUUGUGUCAUCCGUGUCACGGCCUGAGGCUGGCACCACCUUUGCUAGCAAUGCAUGUGUGGCCAUGCCUCACAAAAUAGGGCGGAUCAUUGAGGGAAGCCCCGCAGACCGCUGUGGGAAGCUGAAGGUUGGAGAUCGCAUCCUGGCAGUGAACCAAUGCUCCAUCACCAACAAGUCCCACUCGGACAUUGUCAACCUCAUCAAGGAAGCCGGGAAUACUGUUACACUACGCAUCAUUCCUGGAGACGAAUCAUCAAAUGCAUCUUUAUUGACCAAUGCAGAGAAGAUUGCCACCAUUACCACCACUCACACAGGCCAGCAACAGGCAGCGCCAGAGGCCAGGAACAAUACCAAACCAAAACAGGAGUCAUAUGACUUCAAAGCCCCUCAAGCGCCUCCCCCACAGCCUCCAACACAAGUCUCAGCACAGGAUUCAGAGUUUUACUCAGUAGACCUGGACAGAGAUAGCAAAGGCUUCGGCUUCAGUCUGCGGGGAGGCAGAGAAUACAACAUGGACCUUUAUGUACUGAGACUAGCUGAGGAUGGAGCAGCUGUCCGCAACGGAAAAAUGAGGGUUGGCGAUGAGAUCUUAGAAAUCAAUGGCGAGAGCACUAAGGGCAUGAAGCACUCGCGAGCCAUUGAGCUCAUUAAGAGCGGAGGCCGACGUGUCCAUCUGGUGCUGAAGAGAGGUGAUGGCUCAGUGCCCGAAUAUGACGGCACCCCUAACGACAGCAGCACAGCCUCAGGGUUACAAAACGCUGCGGAAGUAAACUCUGUGCCCUUCAAUGAGCCGUCGGAGCAAAGUUACAACCCAGAACCCCAAAUCUCAUCCCGGAGAAGGAAGGAGACGACCCAUCACUCUUCGGGCACUGGCAAGCACCAUUCCAAUCACCGCCAUCGCUCUCCUCACAAGAAAACCAGCACAGGAAAACACAGAAGGACAAAAUCUCCCAGAAAGAUCAACAGUCCAUUUAAAAAGAAGAAGGAUGAAAAGGGAAAAUCCGGCCACCGACACCACCACAGUCGCCACCGCUCCCCUGACAAGGCGUACAAACGGUCACGCAGUGCAGAGAAUGCCCUGGAAGGCCGUCACGGUGGGGGGCACCGUCACGGUCGCUCCCCCGAAAGACACCGCCGUCACCACACUCGCCACCGCUCACCUCGUCGCUCCCCUUACCGUUCACCCCGGCGCUCCCCUUACCGCUCACCUCCCCGUUACAGGUCACCCCAUCGCUCCCGCCACCGUUCCCCCACCAGACGCCAUGCUCACUCUCACGACCCUUACCGCAGAUACGACUCCCCACAGAGAGGUAGGGCGCGUGGCAACGAGAAGCCCGCUGCGGUCGAGGCGGUAUUGAAGGAGCCGUCGAGAUCUCCUGAACCGAGCCUCACUUUUGAAGACACCAUCCUGCGUGAACCCCCUGCCCUUGUCCGCCUCAACAGGGAGGCCGGGGAAGAGCGUCCUUUUCUGAAUGACAGCCUCCUGACGAGAGCUUCCACUAUGGAGAGAGCCUUCGGCGGGGACAGCCUGCUGAGGGACAUUUCCCGCGACCAGAGAGACGACUACAGAAACGCCUCCCUGCCUAGAGUCCGCACCCCUGACUCCGACUUAGCUUAUCACAGGUACAGCUCGCUGCUGAGAGGUCGAUCGCCCGAGAGGGCUGACAGGAAUUACCGCAGCGGAGGUUCUACCCCAGAACCGGCCAGAACCCGCAGCCUGGGACGAGACAUCUCCCCGAUCAGAAGCCCCAGAAGGGAAGACUCGGAGGACGAAGAGGAUGACGAUUUCUUUGUUGCGCAGAAGGUGAGAGAGUACUACAGCACGGCCAAGACGAAUAACAGUCGCCCCACCAGGCCACUGAUCCCAGAACCCAAGAAGACCUACAAGGACAACCCCAGAGACCUGAGCAUCUGAUUGGACAGCAAUCACAGUCACUACACGUACCUCAGAUGACGUGUUUGUGCCCAUUAUGCCGUUUUGAAGUAAAACCCUGUUGUGUACACAACAAACCACAAUACUUGCACGCAGAUUUGAUAGAUUGAUGUAACAACGUUCAGUUACAAGCCAGACAGUGCGUCAGUUGUUUUUCUAUUAUGGUAUUAUUCCCUUUCCCCCUUGAUUUGGAUUGAUAUUCUACAUUUAGAAUAAUCCAGACUUUUUCAUAAAAUGUAAAACAACGAAAAACAAUGAUGUGCCUAACAGUUCCAUUAACAACCAUAUGUUUGUUUUAUUUGAUACUCAGCAGGCAUUUUUUGCUGCACAUGAUAAAAUGGGGGGGAAAGAUAUGUCUGUAAUUUUCCACAAGGAUCCUAUGGCGUGCAUGUCCUUACUGGCCUCUCUCUGUCUCCCUCUCUUGCUAUCUUGCACUUUCUUUCCAUCUCUCUCUGAACCCCAAUGCCACCGUUUUAUAGACAUUUGACCAGAUAUAGCACAAGCCUGCAUUCGUUUGUAUAUUUUUUUUGACAGUUUGCAUUAUGUGUACAUUCAGAGCUGAUCAUUUUUGAAUGAAUGAAGGGGAAAAUAAAAGUUAAACUAUGGUGAUGUUAAAAUAAAAUAAUAUAUUCAA